GUACUUUGCAGGCAGUGUGUAGCCAUCUUGGAUCCAGCAGAUAAGCAAGCAGUCUCCCUUACUUUGGAGAUGGGACGAAUCGCGCAGCCGGCGGGGUCCUAGAUCACUAUCCCCCUUGCAAAACCGAGGCGCUGUACAUCGGACGCCGAAUUCCUCCCGGAGCCCAUGAAGACAAAUCGACACUGCAAUCCGGGACCGGUUAAACGUGACCCCACUCCCCUCCCUCUGUUUCUUGUCUGAAUGCUGUGCAGUUGUCGAGGGCCUGUUAGCUUACUUGUCAAGUGUUUGUGUUGAGUUCACUUUUUCAGCUUGCGCUACCUAGCUGGCUAGCUAAGUAUAAGAAGAUCGGGAGGGCUUCCGAACUGGCCGACAAUAUACUUGCCGAGGCGCAAUGCUAUGAUUUCUUUUCGGGUAACUGAGCGAGGAGCGCCGUCCGGCUUUUCGCAAUUUGUUUCACCGGUGUGCAGGAUGUUUGCAUGGGAUGAUGCGACUCGGUAGUGUACUCGUUUAGCAAGUUAGCUUAGCUACGCUGGGGUUAUAUCCAGAAAUUUAGAUCGCCAGACUUUGGAUUGCUGUUGAGAUCACCGAGCCCAUGGUCUUUGGUGAGGAGAAAGCAGCCUUCCUCCCCUCUGACUAAGGCGCCGUAAAAUCAAACGCGACCAGAGCCACUCCUGGGAAACUAGCUGUCUAGCUAGCGACGUUGAUGAAAAAUGUCAACUAGAACACCACUACCUACAGUCAACGAACGUGACACUGAAAAUCACACCUCGCACAGCGAUGGCCGAUCGGAGGUGGCCCCGCGCCCGGGCCGGUCGGGUGCCCGCUGCCGGAACUCCAUUGCCUCGUGCGCUGACGAGCAACCGCACAUCGGCAACUACCGGCUGCUGAAGACCAUCGGCAAGGGCAACUUUGCCAAAGUCAAGCUGGCGCGCCACAUCCUCACAGGAAGAGAGGUCGCAAUAAAAAUCAUUGAUAAGACGCAGCUGAAUCCUACCAGUCUUCAAAAGCUCUUCAGGGAAGUCAGAAUAAUGAAGAUAUUAAACCACCCAAAUAUCGUCAAACUUUUCGAGGUCAUCGAGACAGAGAAGACGCUGUAUCUAGUGAUGGAGUACGCUAGUGGAGGGGAGGUCUUCGACUACCUCGUAGCCCACGGGAGGAUGAAGGAAAAAGAGGCCAGGGCUAAAUUUAGACAGAUUGUGUCCGCAGUACAGUACUGUCACCAGAAGCACAUUGUACACAGAGACCUCAAGGCCGAGAACCUCCUCCUGGAUGCAGACAUGAACAUCAAGAUUGCCGACUUCGGCUUCAGCAACGAGUUCACGCUGGGCAGCAAGCUGGACACGUUCUGCGGCAGCCCGCCCUACGCCGCGCCCGAGCUCUUCCAGGGGAAGAAAUAUAACGGGCCCGAGGUGGAUGUCUGGAGCCUAGGGGUCAUCCUGUACACGCUGGUCAGCGGCUCACUGCCCUUUGACGGACAGAACCUCAAGGAGCUACGAGAGCGUGUUUUGAGGGGGAAGUACAGGAUCCCAUUCUACAUGUCCACAGACUGCGAGAACCUCCUCAAGCGCUUCCUGGUGUUGAACCCGACCAAGCGUGGCACUCUUGAGCAAAUCAUGAAGGACCGCUGGAUAAAUGCGGGCUGUGAGGAGGAGGAGCUCAAGCCUUUUGUUGAACCAGAACUGGACAUUUCGGACCAGAAGAGAAUAGAUAUCAUGGUGGGACUGGGAUACUCUCGAGAGGAGAUCCAUGAGUCGCUGGCACGGAUGAAGUAUGACGAGAUCACCGCCACCUACCUGCUGCUGGGCAGGAAGUCCUCUGAGCUGGAGGCCAGCGACACAAGCUCUAGCAGUAACCUGUCGCUGACCAAGGCCAGACCCAGCAGCGAGCUAAACAAUGGCCAGUCACCCUAUCACCUCAAGGUCCAGAGGAGCACCUCCACCAGCCAGAAGCAGCGACGCUACAGCGACCAGGCUGGCCCAUCCAUUCCCUCCGGGACGGCACAUCCAAAGCGGAGCCAGACCAGCGCAGCCGACAGCGACCUGAAGGAGGAGGGCGGGGCCCAGCCGCGCAAAUCCAGCACGUCAGGGGGGCGGGGCGUGGCCCCCACCAGCCCGCUACUAGGCACUGCCAGCAACCCCAACAAGGCUGACAUUCCCGACCGCAAGAAGGGCUCCUCCACUUUAGGCAGUAACUCUGUGACCGGAGGGAUGACCAGGAGAAACACAUAUGUCUGUAGCGAGAGGAACACAAGCGACCGCCACUCGGUCAUUCAGAACGGGAAGGAGAACAGCCUGACAGAAAUGUCUGCUUGCGCGACUAGCCCCUCCGCGUAUGCGCCCAAGCUAGUCGCUUCCUCCGCCUCAGUCCGGCUCCGGCACCAGAAGGCCACGUCGCCGACGGCGUCCGGCCACCUGAGCCGCACCACGCUGCCGCCCGCUGACAGCGGAGCAGACGUCUACAGGCCCAACAGCACGGCGGUGCCAGUGGGCCAGCGCAACCCGGUGGCAUCCACCCACAGCAUCAGCAGCGCCACGCCACCAGACCGGCUGCGCUUUCCGCGCGGUACGGCCAGCCGCAGCACCUUCCACGGUGGCCAGCUGCGCGAGCGCCGCACCGCCACCUACAACGGCCCGCCCGCCUCACCCACCCUCUCCCAUGAUGCCACACCCCUCUCCCAGUCCCGGAGCCGCGGCUCCACAAACCUCUUCACCAAGCUCACCUCCAAGCUCACGCGCAGAUUCACCAGCAGAAGAUAUAGAAAGUUAUAGAAAAUUGGAGUUGGAGAACUAGAGUAAGGGACUAUGUGAACCACGUUCUUGUGACAGCAGCUGCUGAGUCUGUGCUAGGGCUUUGUGCUCCCCUGGUCCUUCUGCCAAUAGAAUGACCCCCCCAGACACAGCUCACACACAGACACACGGCACUGACGCUGAGGUGCAGCACUCCACUGCCCACACCAAUGCUUCAAACCCUGCCCCCACAGCCAAAGGCCACCUCCCUCCCCACCAUCCCAUUGCCCCAACAGUAACCCCCUUUCCCAUAUCUGGGGAACCAAAUUUCCUCCACAGAGUCCCAUAUCAGAGUCGGUAUGUUCAGCAGGAUAUCAGGUACCUUAGAGAGGGGCACCUGACCUGUUACAGCCAUGGUGAGUAUGUGGAGUUUCCUGUGAGUGGAGCACAGAAGGGAUGCCCCCACCUUCCCUCUGCAGAGCUAAGAUUAUCAGAAGCUAAUAUUCAGGGGUAGCUGGGGUUGAGAGGCCUUGUCGAGGUCAAACGGAAGCACUAAGCAUGCUUUGGUCCCUGUCUCAAUUGUGCCUGAAUGAGGAGGAGGCUGUACAUACAUGUGUGUCUCAGGAAGGCUCCAUGAAAGACACAUACUUUCCAAACUGCAGCUCCUCCCAUGGCCUGAGUCCCAACGGCACCACCACUGUGUGCUGUAGGGAUUCUAAGAGCUGGUGCAGACUCAAAGGCACAUCCAGCCUUUCCCUUUUGCCCAGGUAUCAGGCUCAUUUCAGGCCACACAAACCUCAGUCUGCAAGUCCCUCAGAAACUCUUGAGUUUCAGUGGUGCUCCCAGGCCACCCUUGGAGGGAAAAAUGUAUAUAAUUUUAAUCCCCAAAUAUCAAUAUGGGUCCCCUUGUCCAGUGAAUAUAAUGUAGCCUUUGUCACCAGUAUGGGUGUUCAGCUCCUCACCAGGCUAACCGGAUUAACCUCUCCCAUGCCCUUUCCUGAGGGUUUGCACCCAUCACCCUUUGUCACCACUGCCCCUCCACCCCACUCUCUCAGCCUCCAACCACUCCCUCCCACCACCCUACAGAGUCCCUCCCACCCUUCCAUUCACCACAGUCUGCAUGACCUCCACACAGUACUGUUGUAAAGCGUUCUGUCAGCAUGUACCUGAUGGUCUGAUAUAUCUGUCUGUGCACAUAAGCGUGCGUUUGCGUGUCUGUAUGUAUUUGUGCACAUCGUUAUAUACACGUCCCCCAGUACCCACAAGCUCAGACCACUGCCAACCACUCACCAUACACAAACACUCCCAGCAUCCCACAAAAGAGCGCCCCCUUCCCUGUGUCGUCCCUGCGUGCGCUCCCAUUGUCUGUCCUGUUCCUCUUCAGUUAAAGAAGCAAGAAAGAGCGACUGCCAGCAAGACUGCCCCACUGCCGCCAAUUUGAGUCUGCAUGUCAAAAUCAAAGCCAGGAGGAGGACAGCGGGACAUGCACAGUUCGGUCCCAGUCGAGGGAAAGGCCUUUCAUUCCCAACACUCACAAACCCCUCAUUUCCCAGUCUGCUGCAUUUGAACUGCAUGUCCAGUAUAUGGACAGGUUGGGAAUUGCCCUCCCUUUACACCACAUCUGUCACGGACACACAUGGAGCUGCAGAGAAGACAUAGACACUGGCUUAUGACUUUCUUGGUUUUCUAACUCUGUUGACUGUCUUCUCCCUCUUUCUCUCUCCUUUGACCACUUCCUAACUGACAAGUUGUUUUUUUUUCCUC